GCUCCCCUUCCUUCUCCCCCUGCAACAGCCCUCAACAUCAACGUUUGAAAAGACAGAAUUAACCCCUUUUCGUUAAAGCAAAGAUUUCUUCACCAGAGCCAGCCGUUUUUUACUAAUGCAGUGCCGAAAGCGACCAUUAAAUUAAGUGAAAGUGAUAUAAAUAUUCAACUAGUAGUUAUACUGAAACAUGAAUCGAGUAACCUGUCCGUUUGAUCCAGCCCACGUCGUUGAAGCCAGAAAACUCCAAGCUCAUCUUAUCAAAUGCAAGCGAAAUCUUCCUACCAACCACGAUUUUGUUCAGUGUGAUUUCUGGCAUUUGCAUUAUGUACGAAAAAGUCAGCUUGAUUCGCAUGUCGCCAACUGCGAACAUAGACUUGAAAAGGAGGCCUUUAAAAUAACAUGGGAAUCCGAAGCCUCGAAAUUUUCCCAGCCAAAAUUGUUACCGGUUGAAGUCUGUGAGCCCAGUGAAAUAGAAGAUCAGGAAUCCUGGGAAAGCACGUCAGGGCCUGCUUUUCGAAUCCCAUCUACCUUGGCGAAUUGUUUCUCUCACAGUAUUCCACAAGGUUUAUCUAAGUCGAAACGUAAAGAAUUUCGUGAAAAAGAACUUGAACGACUUCGCCAGCGUAGAGAAAGAGAGGGUGACGUCACGACUAAAACAAGGGAAAACGUAAGUGGAACUGGAAGCCAUUUUGUUCAGCAAACAAGAAUACCAGAGGUUCCCUUGAAACUGCAUCGCAUAGUGGCAAAAUUUCCGGUACCGAUAGACAAGGCUGACAAUUUACCACAUCAGUCCAUAAACACACAAGUGCUUGGGUCUGGGCGCCAAGGACCUGAUGAUGUUGCACGAAAUCGGACAGCUGGAAGAGGCAGGGGUAUUCUAGGACCCACAGCGCCUGGUUGGAGCCAUUUCGAAUGAAAGGAAAGGUCUAAUUAAAAUUACCACUGUUGCUUCUUCUGCAAUCCAGACCAAUUGAGAUAACUCUUGUAAAAGUAAAGCAACAAAUCAGGAUAAGUUCUAUGACCAAGAAUCAGUUUUGUAUUUAUACUGCCAUUCGGCUAACACUUGUGGCAAAUUGAUUUUAUCUUUUCCGCAAUAGAGUCGUUGAUAAGUGUAAUUGUAUCUUUGCCAUUUGAAACGUUAAAGUUUUUAAGGAAACGUAGAAUUAAUACAUUUAAAAAAUUCUUUUCAA